UGGCUGGAAAAUAAACAAGUUUAUAAAAUGCAAGCAAAUGGGAAAAGUUUAGAGGAAGGACUCGAAAAGAUUCGUUUGGAUUUCGAUCAGGUAAAGUUUUUAAUUCAAUACAAGGAUAGUGAACGAAUGUUGUCUGGGAAGACUUUGGUAUAUCACGAUUUUAACAUCAUGCGUAAAAGGUAGCAAAUUUCGAGGCCUAUUUAAAAAAACAGGGAUAUUCACUAAAAUUUUGUUCCAAUGCUCUGUAGAAGCUAUAAUCAUCAAAAACUGUUGCUAAAAAAACACAGCUUUGCAGUGUUUUUAAUCUAACUGUUUAUCAAAUGAAGGAAGCGUGACGGUGUUAAUGCUUUGCGCGUAUUCAAUGCUAGAUUGCCCUCGAUCAAUAGCCUCAAACCUAUCUUUUCAUAUUUGUUUCAUAAUACUGUCAUAAAAAAUCGUUGAAGGAAUCUGACCACAUUGAGUCACAAAAACAUCUAAUCGUCUUGCGGUUGCUGUAGGAUAACUUUGCCGAGUAGUACAAGCUUUCUUAUUAAAAAAUGUAUCUUUUUUUAUGUUCAAUGUCCCCAACUGGACAUUCUUGUGACGUCCAUGUGUUUUUGUAUCGUAAAUUAUACAGAGAAGCUUCAUGUUACAAUUAACACAAAAUGAGAAUCAUAAUCAAAAUUGUAUGCCAAAAAACAUAAAUUUACAAUGUUUUUUCUUAGUUUUUGCAUAUUAAGGAAAUUUUGCGUAGUGUAAUCAAGAUCAAACACAAGUCGAGUAUACAGAAGAUCACACACUGUUUGCUAGAAAAGGACCUUGAGAUGCUAGAAAGGAACAACAACCAUUAAAGCCAAAGAAAUCUUUUGUUUUAGACAGUCGACUAUUGACUCUAAAGCCCAAGAAAUCUUUUGUUUCAGACAGAAGACUGUUGACUCUAUUUUGCAACAAAAAAGAGUUUGCCUUCCAGCUGAAGGCCUACAAAUGUCAUGUUCCAAUCCUUAGGUUUAUCAGACACUUUUCUUUCUUUGACAAUAACGUUGGUUAGCAACAAUGAAUCUUUUAAGACUAAAGUACAAAGCGAAUUCUCAUUCGAAAAGGAAUAUUUAUAUAUUUCAUAUAAUUAUAUAAUUAUAAUAAAAUAAUAUUUCAGAGCUGCAUAGAAACUUGGUACCUUUUAGUGAUUUGUACUAUUUUUGAAGCAGGCACCGAGAGAAGGAGCUUUGAAGGAAACUUUAAUAAAGCUAUUUAUCUUAAAACAUGGAUAUUCGGAAGUGAUAUUUGAAGAAAAGCCCAAAAAUAAUCAUAAGGUUUAUCCUAAAGUUAGACUGAAAGCAUUGAUUGAUUCUGUGACUGCCAACCCUCUACAAGUUCUUUUGAACAGAAACAUGCUUAAAACUGAUUAAAUGACGCGUAUAGACUCAAAUUUCAAUAUGCAGUUUCUGGAUUUACAAACCUUCCUUCAACUCUUCCUUUUCCUUCUUCUCCCUCCCCCUUCAUAACAUCAUACCGGUUUAUAAGAAGAUUUUAUAUUUUAUCAUUGUCCGCCCGCCCACUUUUUUUCUAUAGAUUUUUAAAAAACUCAAUUUUAUCUAUCUUUUUCAACCAUUUUGCGUAUUAUUCAGGAUCUGUGCAGGUUGUGUUUUUCAUUGGCAAAGAGUUUUUUCGGCGAAAAAUGUUGAUGGUUACCUCAGUCCUCAGCGCUCCGAAAAUCGUUAAGGACAGGCUUCCAAAACAUCCUAUCAGCUGGCGCGCCUGUACCCUGGGUACCAGAGCCUCAGAUAGUCAAAGGAUUAAGAAUGGGGAAAAGGGAGGGGGGAAAGGCAUGGGAAGGAGAAUGGGUAGCGCGCACGCAGCCAGACAGUUGUAUCAUUGAACAAGAAACCAACAAGAUUGAUAAUGGCCACUUUGUAUUAGGGACAAUCUAUAGCAAAGUAAGACAGAAGGAAUUGCUUAAUUCUUGAAGGCUAAAGGGAAUGCAUAACUCAAGUACAACAAAAUAUUGGUAAUUCUAUUGAAUACAAUAUGAUUGGUACUGCUUUAUAACAUUUUCUUUAAGAAUUGAGAGAGUAAGAUUGGAAUUCAAUUGGGAGUACCAGGGCCGGCGAAACGUAUUUGUAAAUGGAGGGACCAAAAUAUCAAAGUCUUGAAAGGGCUUAGGAAAGGCCGCCGCCAUGUUUGGUGGCAAGAAAAAUUUGGCUGGUGACAGAAUUAUGGUGUCCUAUGGAUGGCCAGAAACUGUAUCUAAAAUGAAUUUUGACUGAAGGUGUCACAUAGUCGCGUCUAUUGUGAUGUUGAUUUGAAAUAGAUAAGUUUUGCAAAGUUUUAGAAUAACCACUAUCAUAUGGCUCGUGAUGAAACCUUUUAUUUAUAUUUUAAAAGUAUCCGAAAUAAGAUGGGGGAGAAAAAUAAAUGAAACACUAAUUAAUAAAAAACAUUAACGUUGAAAUAGGAACAGAGGAGCUAUCAACUAAACAUAAAAAGUUAAGAAAUUGUGUACAGUUAAGGCAUAACUUUGUAACAUCUGAUCUUAACUUUUUCGGAAAUUAAGUGUUUUAACACAAAUUUGAAAAACCUUCAUACGGGGCUUGACAAAAUGAGUUUGAAUAUAAUUUAUAAUUGCAUUGAUAUUUUCUCUUUCUAAGUAGGAAUGGAUUAUCCAAACGAUCAAACUCUGAAGUUUUCUUGAUGAUACUUUUUAAGAACAAAUCUGCCCAUACUUUAUUUCUCAUAUCCUCAGAAAAGUUCUUUCCAGCUAUUUCUUUUCCUUCAACAGCUGAUUUCUCUCUUUUUGUAAUAUUUCUGAGAAAUUUAACAUUCGUUAACAAAUAGACCUUGUGUGCCAAGUUUAGGCAAUGGAAAAAACGAAACUCCGUCAGUUUGUGCUGGUACCAAGUUAUUCUGGACUAGGUUUCUCGAUCUAUUUGCUAAGCCAAGUUGUUACUCGUUGUAAAACUUAGACAAUGACCGAUUUCUUCGAUCUAAUUUCCAUAUUCAAUUUUAUGUUUGCCUUCUAUGAUAAAGACAUAGCAACCAAGGUAAAACUAAGGACACAUCUGAGAAAAUACUAGGCAAAGUUACUUACAGUAUCAUAUACUACAUACAUUUUCACUUUUGCCUAAAUAUUUUUUUCAGCUCUGCAGAAAAGAGGGGGACCAUGGCCUACCGCCCCCCCCCCCCCGGUUUCGCCGGCCCUGAGUACAGCUAAUCUUGGGUGUUCUGAUGCUUUCAAAAACCCAUGUUUAUUCUUCUAGCUUUAGCCAUUUCUCCCUAAAUAAGAUAUUUAAUACUACCCCUGUCCCAGUCCCCCUCCCUUCGUCCCUCUUCUUAUUUACAGAUAACACUUGAACCCAGGGUAUCCUCAAUCUUACUAUAAAUUCCAAGAAUUUUAGAAACUCAUCAUUGCAUUGAUGAAUCUAAAAAGUUCACAAGGAAGAACGAAGAAACAUUAAUGUGAACAAAUUCGCCUUAACUGAUAAAACUUCUGUAAUGAUAGACGAAAGGACAUCUCUACUGAAAACCAGAGUCGACGCUAAAUUGUAGCCUCUAGAAUUCUUAGAUAACUCGUCUAUAGAAUGCUAGGUUUUUGGGUAAAUUGUAAACAUAAAAACUUGAUUAAAGAGGACUUCUCAGGCAAAAGACAAACUUGACCAGAGCAAUUGGAUCUGUACCCUGGGUACCAGACUCACUAUAUUUUAUUUUAUAUAUAGUGAGUCUGGUACCCAGGAUAUUGGAUCUGUUUCUGGUUGCUAAAAUUCCGCGAAACAUUACCGUUUUCCGCGAAAAAUUUGGCAAAUAUGCCCCCAUUGUUCGUUGGCAAAUGCAACUAAAAUGUAUAGAUGCUAAGUUUAUUAUCUAUUGCUCUAAUGUAUUAAGCUACGAUAAUGUAUUAAGAUUUUAUAAAAGCAGGAAACAAAGCCAUGCAUAUUAUGUUAUCAGGGAUGUAGUCGUAAAAUUUUAACAAGGGGGGCUCUAUGAAAUUUCUAAGUUGUUCUUGUCAUGUAAUCAUUUACAUUUAAACAUGGUGAGGGUUGAUGUUUUUCCAAAAAAUUUUUGAGGAGCCAGGUACAUUGACUGUGUUGAGCGUCAGCUGAGAUGAGAGCAUCAAAUCUAUGAGGAAGAGUGCAAGGGGGGAGGGGAAUUUAUUGCAAGUAAGGAGGCAAAUGUUUUCAUUGCUCAGGGGUUCAGUGAAUGGUUGGCGGCAAGAAAAAUUGUGAGAUAUGGCAUUCCAAGAAUGGCAAGAAAUUCAUCCAAGAUAUUUAUGGCAUCGAUAAGGAAGAACUUUUUUUAAAUAAUAAUGACCCAUUGGUUAGAUUUUGAAUUGAAACAUUUCCUCCCGUGUUAACAAAACAGAGGCGAUUUUAUCAGCUAAUGAACAAUGCUACUAAAAAUGUCAUGUAGAACUGUUAUUCAGUGGACUUGGAAAGUUUUCAUAGUUUGCAGAUAUAGAAAAUCAAUUUUGGAAUAAAUACAGCUUUGAGAAUACCCGAGCAUAACAUUAUCCAAAGAAUAAGAGCAUCCAGUGCUCUUAGCUAUUAAAAGGGUGUAGUGCAUGAAAUUUUAAACCUAGACAAGAUAGAGUCAAAUGAUAGCAACCGGUUGUUGAUUCAGGCAUUUCUAAUAAACCAACUGUCUAAUGCGAAACUGCAGCUAAACGAACUCAGUUAGAAAUCAUUCAAUAAUUUUCUAUCUAUAUAUUGCAAACUUUGUGUACAUUUUCAUGCAUAUAAAGCUUGCUAUGCCUUUGAAAUCUUUCCAGGGGUGGCGCAAGAAACUAAAACAUGAUGAGCUGACAAUCUUAGAAAAAUUCAAGUGCCGACGACUAUAAAAAUGGUUGCCGACAUAUUUCAUGAACUCCUCUUCACAGUUUCUUUAACUAUCAAAAUGUUUUGAAAAUGAAUGAAAAAAAAUGUUUUUAUCCGUCAUUCAAAUCGCGUAUACAUUCUUCAAACUAUCAAUUUCGUUAAAACGUUUCAAACUACAAAGAUUUGAUAAGCGAUUUUUUGUUGUUCCCAGCUAGUAGACUCUUGUACAGUACAUCUUUUAGUGGCUAAGCAAGUUUGAGCCAUCUUUUGCUUGGUUUCUGGCAAAGACAGUAUGAUCUUGCUUUUUGGAUAUCUUGGCCCGCUUUGGCUGAAUAUCAUGGAAAUAUCUUGUUGACAGUGAAAAUGGCUAUCGAUCUAAUAAUAAUCACAAGCCUUGGUACAAUAAACCAGAAGUGACUUCCCUGCGAGCGAAGCGAGCAGAAAAUGUUUGCGACCACUCCCUUAAGUAUAGCUUAGAAUACAUUUAUGAAUAUUUCUAGGAGCCAUUUUCUUGCAGUUGUUUGAAAUUUUCUCCUAUUCUCGGCAUAUUUUUUAUAUGUUCGAGUAAUUCCAUUCUUGAAAAUUGAAUUAAUUACUUUAUAAGGCCCCCAUGGAGCCCUUAAGCUCUGGGGAAAUUUGUCCCUUCUCCUCCUUUCUGCGACCCUGUUUAUUUGAUGCCUCUCAGAUUCCUAAUAUAUCAUUGAGCUGGGCGAAAUGUUUUGAUCGAACCUUUAAUCGCAGAAAAAAUUUUAAAAAACACAGGCCUUCAAAUUUGUUAUUUUAAUUGAUUCAAAUUGGUCAAGAGAUUAAGAAACAGCUUUGGCUGAGGUACUUUAAAAUGUAAUUCUGAAUAAAGUUUUUCCCAUCUAGAGGUGCUUUGAUGCUGAAUUUUUCAAACUUUGUUUUCAAAUGGUGCCUGAACACUCCCCUUAAGCUCAAUAUUUAGCAAUAGCACUGCUAGCACCCUCAUGAUUUAAGAACAAAUUAUAAGCAACCCAACCAACAUCAUGGUUUUACUGAAAGUCAAAAAGCCAGUCUGAACUUUAAUUCAAUGGUUCUUUUAAAAAAGGUAAAUUUCUCAUUUGACAGUUUCAAAGUGCCGACAGUUCUUUUUCUUUUCUUACAUUGAACUGCUGAAGGGGUGUCAUUAGGAACAUUUUGGGGGGGGGGGCAGCUGCCCUCCUUGACUCUUAGGAUAGCGCCAUCCUUGAAUCUUUCAGUUGUUUCUCUUUUCCUCAAUUCUUCACUUCUUCAUUUCUUUGCAUUAUAUGAUUCUUGGCUCUAUCCAAGCACAAACAAUGAGGGGGCUGGCCCCCCACUUUUUUCGGAAAUCUUAACAAUGAGGGCUGCGCCCCCCUGAGCCCCCCUACCACUACAUCCCUGUAUGAUAUCCAUUCCUUUCCAAUCAGUUAUCUGCAUAUUGGCUCAAAAUUUCACGCGAUGCAGUUUCCCAACGUUGCAUUAUGGCAAGCAGUUACAUCUAAGGAACGCCAUUAUUAUCGGCAAAUCUGGUGAUCUGUAACCCCAACUUUUUUCUUUAGCUUCACACUUGCAAAACAAGAAUUAACAGAACAGAUUCAAUAAAAUCAAAGCAUCUUUGAAAGAGAAACAUUUUACUAUCCCUGAGUUACCAUAGAAAGUUUUUGAUGUCUCUUGGCAUGUUCUUUAGUAAUCAUGAGCCCUGCAAAUAGACAUAUGGCUUUUUCUCGCCAGUCUUCACCCUGUUUUCUAAAGUGGUUUAUCUUCCUCCAAUUACAAUGCUGCUUAGUAUCAAUAUCAACAAGUUCAAUGACAAUCUAACUAGGAUUGGAGGCAUAAACAUGACUUUCGAAGGAAUCAGUACGGGUGGAAGAAAACAGCGUCGAUAAAAUGGUAAGGAGAUUGGUGUUAUCAACUUUUGAAAGUGGACGAAACAAGGGCUUUUUUAACAUACUAACUAGGGUGGCGAUUGCCCCUCUAGCCAAAGUAACCUUCCAUUGUUUUGAAGCAACAGGUUAUAGACCUUCUCUUUAUGUCAAUAAAUGCUAGCCCCUCAACUAACUCCCCUGCGAAAAGGCUAUGCCACGAAUGCAAAAAACUUCUAGUGUAUGGAUUGACUCACAAACGACUCUGUAAUGACUUGGAACUGCUCUGAAUAUAGAACAGUCUCCUAUAUUCAGGCAGUUUAACGAGAGUAAAAAACCCGUGCAAGUAAAUCACAGUUUUGAAGCACCUCAAAAUUUUGGGACACUUUUUUGAAUUUUCGAAAGGCGCCAACUGUCUAACCAAAGAGUGUCCUUGAAUUGCUUACGUGCUUUACGAAAUGACCUUUUGGGGCCAUGAUAAAAAAUGUUUCUAUAUUCGAUCUGCUUUUAAAAACACCAAAAAACAAGAUCACAAACAGAGUUACCGAAGGGUGGUGGCGAUGGCAAAUUGGCUUUGGGCAUUUUGUGAAAGCAACUAGUAAGACAUAGCAAACUUUUACAACUUCUUAAACGACUGCAAGAAGAUUACUGCAAAAAAUAUUCUGAAAUGGAAUUUUAACUUAUCUAAAGGGCAUGGUCGCCAAAAUUUUUCUGCUCGCUUUGCUCGCAAAGGGCUUCCUCUUUCAAUCGUGCCACAAGGUCUCCGAAACUCCUCGGCGGCACUACCCCCAGCUAAGCCAGAAGAUGAUAUCUAUAGGCAUAAGACAUAAGACAUAAGACAUAAGACAUAGGACAUAAGACAUAAGACAUAAGACAUAAGACAUAAGACAUAAGACAUAAGAGUUUUCAUUGCAACCAACAAGAAUUACAAUUUAAGUUAUGAUUAAUAGAAAAAAAAGAGUACAUGAAUUGGACUACGUUUACCAUAAUCUAUGAAAUUUAAAAAUUUAAAAAGAACCAAAUGGUUGGGAAGGGAUCUUAUAGCAGAGCUAAUUCAUAGACCCCUACCCGGCCGAUUGGUGGCCAAGGCUUUAUGUAGCAGCCUUUUUAACCUUUAUGAAAUCUUUUUUAGGGAUAAUUUUAAACAGGCUUUUAAACUUUAUAAGAUGCUUGUUAGGGUGCACCUUUAAACAGAUGUCCCCCACUUUAAUAAUCUUCCUAUGGCAAUCCAAGACGUUUUAUUCGAGACGUUUUUUGAAACAAGAAGCUUUUAUGCAGCAUUGUAUUCCUAUUCGACGCUUUUAACGUACUGACUGGUUGGAAAUUUGUGGGCCUUUUGGCUUGUCAUAGUGGCCCUUAUGAAUCCCCACUCGUUGAAGUCCUUAAAAAUAUCCUGAAGACUUGGCUUGAAUUUGGUAAGCAGUGCUAGAAUGCGCAUGUAUUUUUUUGAGCCAGUUUGAAAGCUUCUUAAAGAUUUUAAGCGAUUUAAGUUUCUUAUGAAAUCCCUAUGGAAGCCCUGGUGUAAUCUGAAAUUCAAAAAGCAAUUUUUUGAAGCCUUUUUGAAGCCGAAUGGUCUCACUUCAGAAGUAACAAUAAUAGAAUGAUAUGAUAACUUUUAGAUUUCAGAUCGAAACGAAAUAAGUACUCCCUAUCAUUACAAAUAUCCAAGAAAAAUUCUUAUCGUUCAAUUGUACUUGUGAUUUUUGCAAGGAAUAUGUAUGCAACAUAAGUUAUAUUUGAUUUAAAUCAUAUUGAGCGUUGGUAAUCUAAAUUAGUUGGCUUUAUUAAGCUUUAAUAUAGCUAUAGAUUGUACUAACUGUAAAUAAAGAAAGUAAAAGACAGCAUGUUCAGAAAGUAAUAUCAAUCCAAAAAGUAAUAUCAACCCACGUAGAUGGUGAUCAAAACAAAUUUUUGUUUUUAUGUAAGGUAGGAUUGGGUCCAGCUUCCCUUGAUGGUUGAUGUUGAGGUGAACGAAACUGUAGUCCUGAUUCGAAUAUAUUUUUAUGGGUGUUGCCCCCAUUUCUGAGAGUCUUUAGGGCAGAACACCGCAGAAUUUCCCUGGGGGCUAUCCCCCAGACCACCUAGCCUGUCUCCCUUUGCAGCGCCUUCACCUACAAAAAGGCUUCGUCGUUGACUAAACGACAAUUCCUGAUAUGUUUCAGCAGCAAACUUCAAUACACCCUAGGUGCCCUUUUUUGCAGUUCCUGCCCCAGCCGCACCACGAAGCUCCGGGCGCCCCAGAAUGCUAUAGAUAAGUGCCCAUUAUUAUAGAAACUCUUUUUGAAGAAAAAGCAAAUCUCAUGGCGCCCAAUCUGUAGAAUCCACUUAUCUAUAAAAAAGACUGGAUCGAGCUUUUAAUGUGAUCAGAGUGUUGCCGUCCGAGAAGAGGGCCCCAGAACAGCCCAUGCAAGGAGACGGCCUUCUCUGUCACCCCUAGCAAUGUUUUCAGCUGCUUUGGCCUUGUCCUUUUUCAGCAAUCAUACACACAGCAUUGCAGCUCUCGCAUAUCCAUCUCGUUGAAGUAUUGGUUUUGAGGAAUGGCUUCCCGCUAGUGUUUUGGGCCCUCUUCCUUUAGAAAUUGAAUGGGCUUCAAACUUUGGUGUUUCAAGACAAUAGGAAGCUCAAUCCAGUAUUUUUUAUAGAUCAGUGGUAGAAUCUAGCCCACUAUCCCUAGUCAAGUAAAACAUAUUGAAUAGAGGUCAAACGGAUGAAACCGAGGCCUGACAAGAGGACAAUGUGCUACCUAAGGAGGAAACAGACAUCAUCAUGGCAACAUUUCAUGGCGGUAUUCACGAGUUUGUAGGAAAUUCAGAGGAAAAUCAAUUUCUUACCUCAGAAGAUCAAAUUAAGAUCAUAAAAGAAGAAGAGCUGGAUUACUGUCUGGGUUCAACUCAAGACACUGAUGAGGACAGCGAAUUACCAAAAUCGAUGGUUGAUCUUAUUCUUGAAAGAAAUGAAAACCUUACAGACAUGAGUCCCGAUUGGAAAAAGGACAGUAUGCAGGACUUCUUGAAAUAUCUAACAGAUAGCGGUAUUGAGCCAGACGGGAAUAAAACUGAGCUUGAAGAAAAUAUGACUCAGUCUACUGCAGAAACAUCAACAGACCUAGGACUUCAAUUAAAUGGUGAUGAACUUGAUCGUGAAGAAGAAGAUGAUAAUGAUUAUGAUAACGAGGAUGAUGAAGAAGAUUGCAAUUAUAAAGAUACCGAUGAUGAUGAAAAGAAAAGUAAUUUGAGAUGGUUUCGUAAUGAACGAUCACCAAAUAUUGGCUUGCAUCCCAGCAUGCAAGAAUCAAAUAAAGAUGACGAAGUUUCAGUAGAAGACACAGAUCCGGAACCCACUCUAAUUCGCCAAUCAACAACGAGGACUCGCAACAAAAGAUCAAGAGGUGGGAGGCAAGUACCUGCAAAAAUCCGUUUGGAAGAUUUUUUGCGGGAUCUCCUGGAAAAAAGAUUGCAUGUGAUUUAUUUACACUGGAUAUGUGCAGAGAGAAAAGAGUUCACAAUUGCAAAUCGAAGACAAGUGGCCAAUUUGUGGGGAAUACAAAAGAAGAAAAAGAUGUUUACUGCUGAUAAACUGCAAAGGGAAAUCAGAAAUCUUCUUAGUGCCAGGAAACUUGAAAGAAUGGGCAGAAAAGAUCACUUCCGUUUUCUUACGUAACGCUGUACGUCUUAAAAGGGUUCAAAACGUACAAUCCGGAUAGGUAUCAUUUUUAGCUGUAUGUCAUAUUGGAGGAGAGCGUUCCCUGACCCUAGGCGACCUGUGAUUCGUUGAUACAGUCAAAAAAACUCUUUGACGUGUAUGACACAAGGUCAAUAGUGUUUUCCUAUCCUAUUCUUAGUUUUGCAUUAAAGGAUUUCAUAUAGGUAGCUUAAGCCAUAAUCUAUCCUUCAGCAUGUCUGAAGCAUUAGAAAACCCUCUAUCACAAGUCCAAAUCAGACAUGUUACAAAUCAAGUCAUAUGCUCGUGUUUUGAAAGUAAUACUUAAAAACUCAAGAGUAAAAUUUUAUUCGGCCGUUCUAAAAAGGAAUUGACCAACCCAUGACCAACAGGAGAGCUUUUUGGUUAGGCGUUUUUAAAGUUACAAAAUACAUUGGUAGAGAUAACGUCAAUAACUCUGAAUUUUCAAUAGGACUAGAUAAACCUUGGACCUACUACCGUUGAGCAGUUUGAGCAGUCCUCAAAACGAUUUUAGACCUUUUAUUUGAACAAUAAAAACUUGUCCAUAUAACAGAGCAUCGAAAAAAUAUAAGGUUUUCAUGCUUUCACAAAUGCAGCCUCAAAGUGCCAGGGCAGCCUCGAAGUGCCAGGGCAGCCUCGAAGUGCUAGUACAAGGCAAAGUACAAUGGCCUUUUUAAAGGGUUCUGGUAAGCAAUAAGGGGCAAACAUUUGUUUUUAAAUGAAAGGAUAACAUUCUAUUAUCCAAAACAAAGAGGCUUGAUGGGCCUUCCAAUUCCUAGACAGCUUAUUAUAAAAAUAUUUUUCAACAAAUGUUAAAAACGCUAACAGUCACCCUCUUAAUGUAUCUUCUGCUCGCCCUAGGCUCUUCCUAAUUCGGGGCGCGCUCUUUGAGAGUUUAGAGGAAAAGAACCAAAGGACUUUCGUGUACAGCUUUUUUAUAAUGGAGACUUAAGUUUAAUAAUCUUUUGGUGGUACAAAACUUGGAAAUGGCUUUGAAAAAAGCAAACAUUUGAGUAUACUGAAGCUUUUCGUCUGACACUCUUCAGGGUUUAAAACGUACGAUCGUCGUUCCAUCUAGCCGUUUUGAAUCUAUCUACAUAAACACGAAAAAACGCUUUUGUGAAGACAGAAGGAGUUAGUUUUCACCUUAAGACUCCAUUGGUAACAUUCUCAAUAGGCAAGCGGCACUGAUUGGGCAGCCUCAACAGUCAUGUGCUCGCGUUUCUGAAUGGCCUAUUUCGAUCCACAACUGGGUAUAUAUAUUUCUUAGCGUAGAGUUUUCGGUCUAUGUUAGUGUCAGACGAAAAGCUUUAGUUUACUUGAAUGUUUGCUUUUUUCAAAGCCAUUUUCAAGACUUAAGUUUUGGGCUGUUAGGCAGUUGCUUGAAUUUUCGGGCCAUUUUCCUACUUAAUGUUUCUUUUUUGUUUCUUCGGUUUUUUAAGAUCAACAUCCAGCAAUGAUAACUUCCAUGAAAAGUUGAAGUCAAAACAGGUUUUUCAAAAGGUAACGAGAAUGGGUGUAAUCCGCACAUAGGGGGUGAGGGGGGGGGGGGUCUUGUUCGCAAGAGAUCUUCUAUUUUGUGAUUUAGUUGUAAUUAAGUACAAAAAUAAUUGAAAUGUAUGUAAAUAAUUUGCAAAGCUUUAUUUGUAAAUAAAUGAGUUUCAUUGAAAACGUAGUGCUUAAUUUUUCAUGGUACAAUUACUUCAAAUUUGGUUUACCUCCAAUUAAGCACUUCUCAGUAUUCCAUACUUCUAGUUGUUCACAGCCACUCUACCAAUGCAAUAAAUGCCCUGUAGACCACAACAUGUAAUUAUUAAUAGACUAAAACAGAGCUUAAAAGUUUGCCUUGUUUAUUUAAUAUGCUUGAAAUUGUCAUAUUUACGAUUUUUUGGCUUUGACAUGGGGCUGAAGUGUAAAAAAUUUCGAUAAACUUCUUAGUGUGUUUUUCGUGUUCCUUAUGACAAUAAUAACGACAUUAGAUGAAAUUGAGGAUGCAGCAAGGUCGAAAAAAUAGAAAGGGAAAUGCAUAACCCAUUUCGUUACAAAUCAUUUUGAACAUUUGGUUUCAAAGAUCAAUUAUCCCUAAGCACGACAGUCAAAUAAAAAAACUUUUAAAUGGUGUCACAAUUUCUUCAAGAGUGCAGGAAGAUUGUAGCGGUUCAACAAAUGCGCUUGGAGUAUAAUAAAAGGGGUCGAACCAAAUGCUUGUACUUCGCGGGUACUCCCGCAGAUAGCGAGAAAUUGUUUCAUUUCCAGUACCAUUAAAAAAGUACUGAUGCUUAAGCUGGUAAAUCUGAUUUGUAGAUUUUACAAUUAGCGAUUAGAAACCAAAGUACGCAAGCAACUGUAGUUUAACCAUAAAACACUUUCUUAUAGUGAUAAAGUUUAUGAAGUCUAUAAAUCAAAAAUUUUUAAAAUGUUAAUUCAUUCAUAUAUCUACAUCUUAAGAUGGCUCAAAAAUACUUUUAUCAAAGAACGAAUUGAGAAUAAUAGCCAAGCUCAAGCUGAAUCAAACGUAUUCAUCAAAAUUUAUCAGACUUUUUAGAAAAUUUGUUUAACUAUAGCAAUGUACAAAUUUGCAAUAAUGUAGCAAGGCAGUAAAAUCUUUCAGUUCGGAUGAUUCUAAGCUUUAAGGGGAGUUCGUGCUUUCAUCCCUUUUUUCUUCUCCUUGGCCAACUUACCAAUGACAUCAUUAAAGAAUAAUUUAAUUAUACCAUUUAGACUUCAAAUUGAAUCUUUUUAUAAAUAUUGAGGUUUGACAAAAGAGUCUUAUCAAACUUGUUCGCAAUAGUAUUUAUUGAGAAGCACUGUUAAUAUAAAUUUUAAACAAGAAUUAAGAAGAAAGGAAAUGAUAGAAACCAAAAUUGAACUUUUUCUGUAAAUGGCUGAUGAUAUGUUCUCAGUCUGUCCCCAAUUGUUCUAAGAGUUUCUUUUCAUGGCCAAGAUAUUCAUGCAUCAUUGGUUUGAUGGACAGGACAAAUAACCAAUCAGAAUGAAGAACCACCAUAGCGUACUCUCCCUGAGUAAGUUGCUGGGAAUUUUGUUUUGAUGUUAAACGUCUAAGGCAGAUUCGAUAUUAUGAAGAUCAUGCAUUGUCUUUAUAUCCACUAAAAGAUUACAAUACAGAUUACUAUACAACAAUACGAUACUACUUUGACAAUAUCUCGGUGAGCAGAAUUCUAUGACUACCCCGGGGCCUAUUGCACACAAAGAUCAAAAUCAAAAACGUAGAUGUUAAAUACACAGCCUAAAAGAAAAGCAAAAUAAAUACAGAGAUUUUACCUAAAUGGGACAUUGUGGUUAUAUCUCUUUGGUUUAUUUGGCAUAAUGGCAUUAUUGGCAUUAUGUAAGGAUUUUUUUGGUCGUGUUCACCCACAAGAACUUAUGUCGGAUAAUAAAAAAGCAGAGAAAGAGCCUCUUUUAAGGUGAGGCUUUCAAGCUAGAAUUAGCCAAUCACGGAGGGGAAGAACUGCCGUUAAAGGCACUAACUAUGACACGCAAUGCAUUGUGGUAGUUGUAGGAACAGGUGCCUUAUUCCAUGAUAUUUGGUUGUUUACGUUUUCCAUGAUAUUCACCAGUCAACCUUCAGUUCUUCACAUUCGCUUUCGAAAAGAGAAAAAUAUCAAGGAUACUGAAUUAAUUUUUCAAGAAGACGGUCUAUUGAGAAAUCUUAUAGAGCGCAUUUUGAGAAGUAGUAAUAGCCUUUUGUAUAUGUAAACCAAAGAGAAUUAUAGUGACCUUCGAAAGUUAUUGGGUUGUACCUUUACACGCUUUUUUAUAAGGAACCACUUUAUAAGGAACCUAGAAGGGCGAAAUAUUUAAAGAACUUAUACUACUUCCUAAAGGAAUUAUACUAAUAAAACGAAAUCCCUAAGGAACUUUUCGCUUUGAAAUAUUUUCAUAACUGCAAGCAUCAAGAACUAAAAAGCCGGUUCCAUUCAUUUGCAGCCAAUACUCGCAUAGAUUGUUUGUUAUUCGUGUGUCUAGUGCUUCAUUGAGAAGUUUCCGCAUAUGCUGUCUCGCCCCUCUCUCAAUUAAGUGUUAAGGCUUAUUGUAGUGAAAACAAAAUAAGGGACUAUUGAGGAACCUUUAGUACUACAAUUUGAUGAUUUUAGGUCUACGAAUAAGAAACUUUUGUGACUAGGUCCUGAGGUAGGUUACUUAUAAAAAAGAGCAUGUGAUCCAAACUCAUCCCCUCUCCCUUAAUUUCCAUAAAACUUUUAUGACCUGUUUAUAGGAUCCUGUAUAGACAGUGUCAAGAACUCAGAAAUUAGGCUGAGAAUAUUCUCUUAAAACACUCCAAUAUGUCUAUCAAGCUUGAAAUUUCAUUACUACGCUUGCAAAAACAGUCAUGCAAAGGUUACUUGCAAACUAGAAGAUCAAAAAAUGUCGUUGGUCUCACUUGCUCUUGCUGGGAUAUGGACCUCAUUUUGAGUCCAAUUAAUUGUAUUUUAGGGUACAGGUGAUCAAUUAAUGAAUUAUUUCCGGGGGCUGUAUAGUGUCACCAUCAUUAAAUAAUUGCAACAAACAAUGGCGUCAAACUUAAGGAUUAAUAUAUAACAUUAUUCCGGUUAAUAGCUUUAUGAAUAUUUUAAUGUCACAUGGAAUAAUAUGUAGAUUUUAUUGACAAAUUUUUCAUUGUCUUAACUUUAUUCCUUCAUAAUGAGCAAUUAGUCUAAAGAGCAAUGUUCCAACACAAGUCAGCUGAAAUCGUUUCCGUACAAUUUUUACGGCCACCAAUUGCUAGCCUGUGUCCCAGCCCCCUAACUUUUAAGUUAGGGGUCUGGGACACAGGCCACCAAUUGCUGAACCCUCAUCAGGGUGAUGCAAAUUUAAUUCAUCAAUCAAUACCCUACGCUCUUAACUCCCUGUUAUUUAGGGAGGGGGUUAUUAGUUGGGUCAGUAUUAUCUUUGCAAGAUUUAAACACAAACUCGACCCUGUUUUUUAUUUCAACAAAAGUGUUGCUUUUGUUGAAAUUCUAAAAAAACUACAAGCACGUUCUGCAAGUUGGUUGUAUUGACUUGUUAAACUGGCGAUGCCAACACUAUGCAUUCCCAUUUUGCUACCAUAAAAUCUUUCUAUCGCAAAGAAUCGAGGAUAGUGACUGAUUUUUUCGAAAAUGACUUUAUUUUCCACCGACUUUCGUUCAUCCUUUUCAUACUCAUGAAACUAAAUUAUUGAUCUUUUGAUAGCUAUUGGUUAAGUAACAGCCGGAGGAAUGCCUCAAUAUACUAGCAUCUUUGUAAAUUAUUUUAUCCAACUGAAUAGUUGCAUUUGAUUCUAGUCUGGAAAAAGCGACUCCUUGUAAAAGUUACUAAAAUUUGGCAAAGUUUUCUUCGAUAUGUAUUUCUCGAUCUCAUAUUCCACGAUAAGGCAUAUAUGGUAUCAUAAGCAAAAUAUUAUACCUCCCUGCUUUCAAAGCUAUUCGUGACCUGUCGAAAACUCAUUUUCAUAGAUAUUCUAUCAAUUUUGAUCUUUUGAAAUUCCACUCACAACAAGAAACAUAAACAAUGCAGAAAUAAAUAUAAACAUGACAUUUUUAUAAACAAAAAUAUGAGGAUAUUUAAAUUUGUUGGCUUUAAACGUUAAAGAGUUGACUUCGCCAAAAUUUGACGUUUGAACAUAAACAAUAACGAAUGUUGCUUUGUCUUAGAACAAUGCAACUUGACCUGUUAUAAAAUUCCUUUGUUCAAGUCUUUUUCUCGUCAAGGUUUAGCGAAGCCUAGGGGGAGCAGGCGUUGUACAUAAAAUAUUUUUAUAGCUUUUCUGCCUGCGCAGGGUUAUUAUAGGGGGCGUAUGAUAAGGCUGUGAUGCCACUGAGUUGGUGGCAAAACUAAAGUUAACUAAACUUUCUUGAACUGCGAGCUGUGUAGGACGCUGUGCAGUAGCGGCGCCACGGGGGGACUGGGGGCACACGUCCCCCCAGUUCUCGGCAGGAUCAAUUUUGCAUUUCGUCUAAAUCCGAUGAGAAAAUGUUGGGGGAGGGGUAAUAUUUUGGCAACGUACUUUUUGUGAUGUUAUCCUAUGAUUUUCAAACUGCCUUCACAUAGCCAAAAGUGAGUAAUGGGCGUUCCCUUCAGGUAAAAAUUGCGUUCCUUGUUAGUAAAAGGGGGUUUUCUGGUGCUAAAAGGGGCAUGGUCUAAAAUAUUUUGUUUUGUCCCCCCAGAGCGUAGUGGCUGGCGCCGCCAUUGACGCUGUGGGGUUGUAGGGGAUCUUGUCUUGUUUUCCGAUUGUGUAUCUUAUAA